GAAUAGUCGGUGUGGAGUGAGGGAGCUCGUAAGUUUGUAGAGUAGAGAUGACUCUCAUUUCAUCAUGGAAAGGGGAUACAGACAACCGAUGAACGUGAAAACGGCAAUCGGAGAUAAGUAUCCAGACAUCUACUUAACACUUUGUGGACUUAAAUGUUGAGUCGACUUCAUAUAAGACACGAUCAAGAAGACAAAGCUGCGAAAUACUACUGUUGCUAUCGUACAACGUGAAAAUGGAUUAGGCUGCAUUUAAGACGAAUUAGAUUUAAAAUCAGUUCGAUAUUGUUAUCAUUUAUUGCCCAAUUUAUAUGUACUAUGCAAGAUUUUGAUGUUACUGGAUGAACAGAGAAGCAGGUAGUCACAGAUUGUGACUGAACUUCGGAAAUUAAGAACACCUGAAACUUGGAUCAAACAGGUAAAAGUUGGCCGAUACUUGGUCAACAUGGAGUCAACGUGCAGGUGCUUGGAGAGACGCUGCUUGUUGUUCUUGGUCGUUUUAUCUAUGCAAUUUCUGUCAACGAAGGCACAAGCUGCAAGAUAUGUUGAAUUUUCUAUUGCUGAAGAACAACCUAUAGGUAGUUUUAUUGGCGAUCUAAACACAGGGAAUAAUUAUCUUUUUGUGGUCUGGCAAGGGACAGAAUACAAUGACAGAAUACAUGUUGAUACCUUCACGGGGAAUAUUACAACAGCUGCAGUGUUGGACAGAGAAGAAAAGUCUUCCUAUAGCUUCUCUGUGGUACUGUCCUCUUCUGGUCUACUCAUGCAGGUCACGGUUCGUGUACUGGACAUUAAUGACCACAACCCUGUGUUUCCUGUGGAUGUUGUCCAUUUAAUCUUACCAGAAAAGACACCAAUUAACACCAAGCAUGUGCUAGGCAGUGCUGUCGACCCUGACCUGGGAGAUAACACUGUCAGUAGAUACGAGAUCCACAGUGGAAAUACAAACUCUGCAUUUGGACUUGUGUCCAAGCAAAAUGGCAAUGUUUUGUACUUAGAUUUAACAGUAAUUGGGGUUCUGGAUUACGAGCAGACCCGUGAGUACGAUUUGUUCAUCAGGGCUUAUGACAAUGGCUCACCACCUAAAUAUGGAGAAAUGAGAGUAAAUGUGACAAUAAUAGAUGACAAUGAUAAUCAACCCAUAUUCAAUGCAAGCAGAUAUUCUGCACAGAUUUUGGAAAACGCCACUGUUGGAGGAAGUAUUUUACAGGUUUUUGCCACAGAUCAGGACAGUGGUGAAAACGGCCAUAUUAUGUACCAUAUAGAUCGAAUAAAUAGUGAUCAAGAAGAAUUUUUCCGUAUCAAUCCAGACACAGGAAUUGUGUAUGUAAAUAAGCCACUGGAUUAUGAGAGGAAAGGAGCACACGAGCUCAUCGUUGUCGCUAAAGACAACGGAAGCCAACCUUUACAGACAAGUGCAAUUGUGUCCAUACAGGUGGUCGACGUGAAUGACAAUGAGCCGCGCAUUAACCUGACUUUCUUCUCCAACGACAAUACUCCCAAGAUAUCCGAGGCGGCCAAUCCUGGUCAGAUCGUUGCCAGGGUGACUGUUAGCGAUAAAGAUGGCUCAGGAGUCUUCUCAAAUAUAAAUGUCACACUCAAGGGGGGUGGGGGUCAUUUUGGGUUGACAACUAGGGACAACACAGUGUAUUUGAUAAUCAUAAAAAAUCCACCUGAUCGCGAAAUACAACCUUAUCAUAUGCUGACAAUAACAGCAACGGACAGUGGUACACCACCUCUUAACGCCAACAUCACAUUUAAUUUACAAGUGGAAGAUGUGAAUGACAACGCUCCCCAGUUCACAGCGAGGGAAUAUCGUGCUGAUAUCAAGGAGAUUGUUUCUGCGGGUUCAUUUGUGAUCCAGGUGAACGCCACGGACCAAGAUGAGGGGGACAACGCCCUGAUCCAGUACAGUAUAUUAAAUGUGCCAGAUUCUCACUCAGAUUGGUUCCAAAUAGACACCAUGUCUGGCCUGAUCACCACCAGUAAACCUAUCGACUGUGAAGUGGAUUCUCAGCCGCGGUUGUUGGUCCAAGCGAUGGACUCUGGCUCUCCUCCUCUCUCUGCCACUGCCACUGUGAUUAUUACAAUACGCGAUGUCAACGACAACCAGCCUGCCUUUGAUCAGAGUUUUUACAAUGUCUCCAUCCCAGAGGAUACCGCUGCCCAUACAUGUAUACUAACCGUGUCAGCAUCUGAUCCUGACUGUGGUGUGAAUGCUCAGGUGACGUACUUGAUAGCGACCAGCCUGGGGUUUCAGCAUCCUGGUGAUUUGGACAUACAAAAUGGCACUGGAAAGAUCUGUAUCACGCGGCAACUGGACUUUGAGAGGAAGAGCUCCUACGAAUUUCCCGUCAUGGCGCAGGACCUGGAUGGACUGCAGACUACAGCUAUGGUCAAAGUGACCAUCAUUGACGUGAACGACAACCGUCCGGUGUUUUACCCACAGGUGUACCAUAAGAAUGUGGAGGAGGACAGCGCCAUUGGCACCACUGUGGUACUGGUGACGGCGCAGGACAGGGAUUCCGGCAGCUUUGGCACCAUCACCUAUAGUAUUGUGGGUGGGAAUGAACAGGGGUACUUUACCAUUGGAAGAGAUUCAGGUAUUGUCACUGUGCAGAGAAGUCUGGGAAGUCGGGUUGGAAUCUUCAAUCUUCGCGUCCAGGCUCAAGAUGGCGGUGGCUUGCAAUCGGAACAGACUGCCAACAUUACAGUCAGCGUAGUGGACUCUCAGCAGGCGCCCCCUGUGUUCAGCAGACCAUUGUACAGUUUCCGUAUCAGUGAAGAUGUCGUCCCACAGACACCUGUUGGUACUGUACAGGCCAGCAAUACUAAUCCAGCGGCAGGCACUAUUUUCUACUCCAUCGAAUCAGGGGACCCCCACCAGUACUUCGCCAUUGAUGCCAGCUCUGGGGUGAUACGUACUAAGACAAACAUCGACCACGAGACGACAGCCACGGUGCUGCUUACUAUACAGGCCCAGAGUGGGAGUCCACCAAUAUUUGGCAGGGCACAGGUCAACAUCACCUUAGAUGACGUGAAUGACAACGCACCUCAGUUUCAAGUCAGUAACAUCGAGAUUCCUGUCAAGGAAAAUGUCGGCACAGCUCACACUAUAUACCAGGUGCAUGCCUCAGACCGGGACAGCGGAAACAAUGGAGAGGUGCGCUACAAACUGCUCCAGAAUCCUGGCAACACCUUCCAGAUAGAUGCUGCAACAGGCGAGCUGCGUCUGCGUGGCUCCUUGGACUAUGAGGGGACAAAGCAGUAUAGAGUGGUGGUCAGUGCAUAUGACCUAGGUAUCCCACAAUACAACAGCAGUAUGACUAUUGUCCUCAACGUCCAAGAUGUCAAUGAUAAUAUCCCACAAUUCCAACAGAAUCCGUACCGGGUGCAGGUCAGGGAGGACACUUCUGUCAAUCAGAAAUUCCUUCAAGUCAACGCCACAGAUCUGGACUCCGGGAACAAUGCUCGGAUCACAUAUCGGCUCCAAGGAACAGCCGCUGGGCAGGCAUUUGGCAUCUUCUCCAACGAUGGUUGGGUGUAUCUACGUGAGGCGUUAGAUAGAGAACGACAGCAGGAGUAUAGGAUGAACGUCUUAGCCAUAGAUAAUGGUAUUCCAGAGAAAACGGCCACUGCAUCUCUUAUUGUUACUGUGACUGAUGCCAAUGAUGAGAGGCCACAGUUUACUGGACUUCCAUAUCAGUUUUACUUCCCAGAAAACCAGGCAGUCAGCAGUGUGGUUGCCACGGUAACUGCUACUGACAAUGACACAGGGGUCAACGCCAGGCUCAGGUACUCCAUGAUUUCCUCCAAUGAAUAUUUUGACAUUAAUACGGACAGUGGAGAAAUCCUUUCCAAAAAGGAACUUGACCGAGAAACGAGGGAUCACUACAAUUUCAAUAUUCGUGUCACUGAUCAGGGAAAUCCUCCUCUCAGUGCCUCGGCUGAGGUGUCCAUUUUUAUUCAGGAUUUGAACGACAACAGCCCCAGAUUCCUGCAGACAGGAUUGUACCGCGCAGAUGUACUGGAGAACCAGGUCAAGGGGACCUCCGUUAUUAAAGUCUCCGCUUAUGAUGAUGACUUCGGUGUAAAUGGGACUGUGUCCUAUGCCUUUGAUGCUAGUGUUGGUACGGACUACCAGAUGUUCCACAUCCACCUACGCACUGGUUUAAUUACAACAGCGGAGGUACUGAACAGAGCAGUGAAGAGCAAGUAUUCCCUGACUGUCAUAGCAAGGGAUGGCGGGACUCCCCACCAGGAGAGCAAGAAGAUUGUAGAAAUCACCGUUCUAGAUGAUGGUACCCCUGACCAGCCUGGUUCACCCUCCAAGUUCUUGACAUUUGAUAUCCAGGAAGGCAUUCCUAUUGGUUCUGUCAUAGGCAGUGCCAGGCUGCAAAAUGACCACCCAGAAUUGAUGGCUUACUAUCUCAUCAGUAGUCGACCGCUGGAUAUUGCCAUAUUUGGCGUGAACACCACCACUGGUGCCAUCUACAGUGCAAGGGAGGUAGACUUUGAAGCGAGUUCCACUUACAGUCUCAUUGUCAAUGCAGUUGACAGUCACAUCUAUACAACAGCUAUCAAUGUCACCAUCAAUGUUGCCGACAUCAACGACAAUGCCCCAUUAUUUGAAAACGACCCAAUUUGGACCAGUGUGCGUGAAAACGUUGGUGUCAAUCAUUUGGUGUAUACGUUCCAUGCUAAUGACAGAGACAGCGGUGAUAACGGGCGUGUGAUGUACAGUAUAGUCAGCCAGUCGCCCAGUGGAGCGUACUUCUCUAUUGAUGCCUACUCUGGAGCCCUGAGGACGACCAGGAACAUUGACCACGAGAUUAUCAAUCAGGUCACUCUGAUUGUCCGUGCCACUGACCAAGCCACAAAUAUAAAUGACCGUAAAGAGACGACAGUGACUGUCUUAGUGAGUAUUGAGGAUGAGAACGACAAUGCCCCGAUCUUUGUGUCCAGAAAUAAGACGUUCCUGUUUGAAGAUGAGCCGGUGGGAUAUCCGCUGAUGUACGUGAUUGCUGUGGACAAGGAUUCUGGCCAGAACGGUAACGUCACCUACAGCAUUGUAUCCGGAGACGUGGAUCACCAUUUUGCCUUGGAUUCCAAUACAGGCCUGCUAACAAUCUCCUCCAUAUUGGACAGAGAGCGUGAAGAACAGUAUAUCCUCAACGUCAGUGCAACGGACCAUGGCAGUCCUUCCCGUCACAGCGCCACCCAGCUGGUCACCAUACAAGUCAUUGACGUGAACGAUAACCCCCCAAAGUUUGAGCAGACCGUCUAUAGGGCUAAUGUCACCGAGAACAUGUCCGCCCCGACGUAUGUUACCACCCUGAGAGCCACGGAUCUGGACAGAGGUCCUAAUGGAGACCUGAUCUACCUUAUCCCGUAUGGGAUAGCAGGGAACAAGUUUGGGGUCAAUAAUGUCACAGGAGUGGUCAGUACGAGAGAGGAAUUGGACAGAGAGGCUCAGAGCUCUUACAUCAUCACAGCCUACGUGCGAGACAACGCAUACCCGUCCCAGUACGACACGGCUACCAUCAUAGUGGACGUACUGGACACCAACGACCACACACCAGUGUUCAAGAAUGAAAUUUAUCGCCUAACUGUACCAGAAAACUCUGAUGACACAGAGAUCCACCAGGUGGCAGCAAUGGACGCAGAUUCUGGCACUAACGGCCAGAUAAGCUACACCAUAUCUGCUGGCAAUGAAGGAGGCAAGUUUUCUAUAGACCCCACCACAGGUGCCUUGUCUUGUGAUGCCUUGGAUAGAGAGAGACAGGACCAAUAUCACCUGACCAUCACAGCUACAGACAACGGACAGCCACCUCGCAGUGGGACAUGCACAGUGAUAGUCAUUGUUUCUGAUCUGAACGACAACAGUCCCGUGUUCCGUAGACCUCGUUACACGGCCACGUUGUUGGAGGACGUACCAGUGAACACACCCGUUGUGAAUGUCAGUGCCACAGACGCAGAUGCAGGCAAUAAUCGUAUCAUAACUUACUCCCUUAAUAACGACUCCCAAACAGAUGGACUGUUUAAGAUUAACAAUGUUACAGGGGAAAUUCUUACUGCAGGACAUUUUGAUCGUGAGAAGAAAAGCAGCUUCACUUUUGAAGUCACUGCUACAGAUGGUGGUCUCUACGACCCUCGUCAGCAGAAAGUGACCAUAGCUGUGACCAUAGACGAUGUCAAUGACAAUGCCCCUGUGUUCACAACAACACAACUGACCAUUAACGCCUCCACGGGACUCCAAAAUGGCCACCAGCUGACGCAGAUCCGUGCUGCAGACAAGGAUGCAGGAAGUAACGCCCAGAUUGUCUACACUAUAUCUCCUGAGUCAGACUUUUUUGCUAUCAACCCCAACACUGGUUGGGUGGUAGUAAAGGGCGCCAGUCUCGGGGAGUCUUCUGUAGGAUAUCAUCAGCUACAGCUUAUAGCCACAGACAGGGGGUCACCACCACUGUCGUCAGUGGGAGUCCUUGGAAUUCGUGUUGGCAACCCCAAUGUGGGUGUCCUGCGUUUCACUAACCACACCUACUCUGUGUACCUGAUGGAAAACACGCCAAGAGGCACCAAUGUUGUCAAGGUGACGGCAAACUUUGUCGGAGGUGGUUCAGGAACAAUACAGUACAGCUUUGCCAGCGGAAAUGAAGAUAAAACUUUCAGGAUUGACUCACAGGGUCAAAUAAAGAUCAAUGAUAACAGCAAGCUGGACUAUGAGACCACUGUACGCAUGCGUCUCAUCGUGGUGGCGUCUGCAGAUCAGUCAUAUGGCUACACCACAGUAUGGAUCAAUCUGCGCGACGAGAACGACAAUGCGCCCCGUUUUGCCCAGGAGAGGUACAUCUCAUCUACCUGGGAGGGGAAGGAGAGAAACACCUAUGUCACUCAGGUCUCUGCCACGGAUGCAGACAGUGGCACCAACGGCCAGAUCACCUACACCAUUAUCAACGGCAACGUCGAUGACGCCUUCAUCAUCAGUCCUCCUCGCAGCGGGAUCGUCAUGGCGAACAUUGAACUGGACCGCGAGAUCCACAGCUCAUAUCGUCUUGAGAUCGAGGCCAAGGACCAGGGCGCCAACCCGCGCUCCAGUACUUGUACUCUGAGGAUUAAUGUUGUAGAUGUGAAUGAUAACUCCCCCAUCUUCCCCAUGGCCAGUCCCGUGGAUGUAGAUGAAGGAAUUGAUGUCGGGUCAAUAAUCACCACUAUAACUGCCAAUGACGUGGAUCUCAAUCCUGACCUGAAGUACGAGUUUGCCGAGGAUGGCAACCCUGACAACACCUUCAGUAUUGACCGGUUCAGUGGCAGGAUCACCCUCACAAAACCACUGGACAGGGAGCAGAGGGCACAGUAUACCCUGAAAAUAAAGGCCACAGAUGGUAUCCACCCGACCUACACAGACCUGGUGAUCAACGUGAUUGACGAGAAUGACAACAGUCCCAAAUUCCUCCAGGAGUCGUACCAAGUGACUCUGCCAGAACUGACUCCCCCCAAUGCCUACAUCAUUACAGUUCAGGCGACUGACGCAGACUCUGGAUCUAACUCCCAGAUCACCUAUAGUAUCAUUGGUGCCGCCAGAGACGAUGGCUUCUAUGUAGAUCCGCAGUCUGGUGCCAUAUACACCAACAAGACCAUCCACUUUGACUCCAGUCAGCACACCUAUCAGCUGGUCAUCAAGGCCACUGACCACGGCCGGACGCCACUGACCGAUGUGGUGGCCGUCAGGAUACAGGUCACUGAUAUCAACGACCAUUCACCUGAGUUUACUAAGAAAAACUACAGUGUCCAUGUUCCAGAAGAUGGCACCAAGGGUGAUGUCAUCCUCACCCUGAAAGCACAGGAUAAAGAUGACUCCGAAGCCAACCAGAAGAUCGUCUACGCUAUCAUCAGAGGCAACCUGAAUAAUUCCUUUGAAAUCGACAGCUCUACAGGGGAGAUUUUUCUGACUGGUUCCUUGGAUCGGGAAAGCACUGCUUACUAUACUCUGGUUGUAUCAGCCACAGACAAAGGGACGCCACCAAGGAGUACAAACACAACUGUCAAUAUCAUUGUUGAUGAUAUCAAUGACUGGCCACCUACAUUUACCCAGAAUCCUUACAUCGCCACGGUGAUGGAGAACUUUACGUCAGGCGAACCAUUCCUUCAGGUUGUUGCUACUGAUAAAGACAUUGGCAGCAACCAGGAGGUGGAAUACAGCAUCACCUCUGGCAACGAUAAUGGCCUGUUCACCAUUAACUCAACUUUUGGAACCAUUGCUAUUGCUCCAACUAAAUCACUGGAUUACGACACAAAUAAGGAGCACAAAUUGAUUGUCAAAGCUCAAGACUCGGGUCAGAACAGGUUGUCGUCAAUUGUGACUGUCAUUGUGAAUGUCACAGAUGUCAAUGACAAUAAGCCAUCUUUCCCUGUCAUGAUGUAUAUUGAGAAAGUACGAGAGAACGAGCCUGCAGGAACCAGCGUCUUCACAGCUCAUGCCAAUGAUAAAGAUGCUGGAGUGUACGGCCAAUUAAAGUACGGUAUCAUCGAGGACGAAGGUCUUUUCAGUAUUGAUGCAAACACAGGAGAGGUCACAACUGUGGCCAUUUUUGACUACGAAUCCAUGAACAGUUAUCGAUUCAAAAUUACCGCCGCUGACUUGGGUGGAACUCCAGUUUCCAUCCCGGUUUUGGUGAACAUUGAAAGUGUGGAUGAAUUUGAGCCCGUGUUUACAUCCAGUAAGUUUACCUUUGAUGUCCCGGGUAAUGCUGAAGUAGGGUAUGUCAUAGGACAGGUCAGUGCUACGGACCGCGACAGUGGCCCCGACGGCCGCAUUCUGUACCAGUUUCAGGAGCCGCAGGACUAUUUCAGUAUUGAUUCCAAGUCUGGUAACAUCACAGUCAAGAAACUUUUCUCGGAGACAACCAAACGUAAAAAACGUUUUGUGCCCCGCUACUCGCUGAAUGCUCACAACCGCAACCGUCGUGAUGUCCAGAGUGGCGUGCAGGCCUUGGUGAUCAUGGCAGACAGCGGGAAGGAAGGCUCGCAGAAGGCGUACGUGACCGCAGAGGUGCAGAUUGACUACUCUUGUGCUGGGUGUAACGUUGGGGCGGCAACAGCAGGGUUUGUGCUGACUGGCGCACCACUGGUGUUGGUGAUCGUGUUCUCCAUACUGGUGAUCAUCCUGGUUAUUGUCAUCUCCAUUGUGUGUAAAUGGGGGCGGGAACGGAAGAGGAAGCCAGCCAACAACUAUCAGCAGGCAGUGGGGGACAACUUUGACCAUGUGGACAUGGCACUGCCCCCUGCUGGCAUUGAAGCACCACCAAGAUAUAACGAAAUACACAGCUAUGAUGGUCGCCAUAAUAUCACCACUUCAGACAUAUCUGAUCAAUCCCAUAGUUCCAGUGGGCGUGGGUCUGCGGAUGACGGGGACGAGGAUGAUGAGGAAAUUAGCCGUAUUAAUCAGGCACCGUCAACUCAGCUUCAUCACCGCUCUGGGAUGCCAGAUUCAGGAAUUCAGCAAGAUGAUGACAACAUAUCAGAACACAGUGUUCAUAAUCAUCAGGAAUACUUGGCACGGCUGGGUAUCGAUAGCUCCAAAAUCAAAUUUGACUCAAAACCUACGUCAUCUGUGGAAAGUAUGCAUCAGUUUUCAGAAGAAGGGGGAGGAGAGGGUGAUGGCUUGGACAUUGGCCUCAUUGUCAAUGCCAAGUUAGACAAGGUUGAAGCAGACGAAGAGUUUGCCAUCAUGGAUGGUACCAGGGAGUUUGGUUUCACGGAAACCGAGCCCUCGCACGCUGGAUCUCUGUCCAGUGUUAUAAACAGUGAGGAGGAAUUCAGUGGGUCCUAUAACUGGGACUAUUUAUUAGACUGGGGGCCGCAAUAUCACCCACUGGCAGACGUCUUUGCAGAAAUUGCACGUCUGAAAGAUGAAAGUAUUACUCCUAAAAAACAGCCAACACAAAUAGUGCCACAACGGCCUAUGAAAAAUAAUAUGAAUCCCCAGCAAGUAAGGACAAUACCUCCCCCAAUUAUUACGAAUGCUCCACCGAUCCCCCGAUCUCUCUCCAAUCAAGAUGGCUUCCAGUCGGAUGGAGGCGGGGGAGGAGCUGGAGGCGGGGGACAGGCCGCCAUGCCAAAAUCACAUUACACUGCCUCAACAGGUUCAUCAGCCAUUAACUCUACACGAACCAGUCAGAUGACUUUGUCUGCCAGUCUGCCGCGAUCUCCCAUCAGCCAUGAUUCUACAUUCACCUCUCCUGCUUUAUCACCCUCCUUCACCCCCACGUUAUCCCCCCUCGCCACGCGCAGUCCCUCCAUCUCGCCAUUAGUGUCCCACGGAGCCAGUCGUAGUGUGUCUGGUCACAGCACACCACACAGGUCCAGGUCCAAACAUUCUCUGAAUCACGUUGGUGGUUCCUCUGAGUCGGAACAAGAACUGAGGAUAUGACUAUUAACAGAAACAGACAGUUGGGGAUAGUCAUGCCUGUCAUUUGUAACGUAAUCAUGUACAUGUGCUGAGCCAGAACUGGGCAUUGGAACUAGAAUGCUAUUAGACUAGUAAUGUUAUGGAAGAAAGCCUGUAGUGGGUUGACAUAUUCAUAGAUGGCAGCAGUGUUCAGGCUUUGCCUUGUCCUGUAGGUGUCAGCACUGAUAUCAUACCAAGCCAACAUAAUCAUGGAUUGACUCAUUUUUAUCUAUAUCAAUUUUAUGUUUAUUGAUGAUACUAGCAACUUAGUAAUUACUUGAAAACUGUUAAGAGAAAAUACAGAGAAUCCUUUCAGCAUUUAACAUUUGAGAUGAGGAUGGGGGUUUUUCACGUGAUUAGAAUUUUAUAUUUUGUCCCCAUUUUUAAGGAUUGAAUAAUUAUACACAUAUUUCCCAGUACUUGCAGUCACAACGUUUUAUUUGUGAGGACAUUUUUGUUUUAAUUCUGGUUUUAUUUAAUGAAAUCUGGAGGUUUUUAGUGGAAUCUCACUAUAUUUUAAUGGGAUCAGACAGUGAAUAUUAACAAGGUUAAAGACUGAUUAAGCAUCUAUAGAAUACAGGCAUAAGUCCACAUUUCAUAACAUCACAUUUAUGUACAGAAUUAUUUUAUAUUUUAAGAUGCCUUCCAUGUUUGCUGUGCCCAAAUUUGCAGAUUUCAUUUCUUAAGUCCACCAACAUUCCUUAGUUUAGCUUUGUGUGUAGUAACUCCUAAAAUAAGGAUUGGGGAAGAGGAGCUUGAAGCAUGGUGUAUAUUUGUGCAUAUUGAAGUAUUUUAUUUACUGAAAUCCUGUGUUGAAUUGUUAACCUCUGAGUGAUAACUAUACAGGGUAUGAGAAUGAACAGUCAUUUUGUAAACAUUUUUACAUGUAAAAUAUUAUAUAUAGAUACAAAUUAUUAUAUUUCACAAAUGAGAAUUUCAACCAUGUACAGGCUGGCUGUUAUUGUUGACUUGUAUUUUUGCACUACUGAUUAAGGCACCCUAUGUGAAGGGCCAAACUAAGGUGGGCUUGUGUGCCUCUCUUUGUAAUAUUUAACUUAAUCCAUCCAAUCAUCAAGUGCUCAUAUUAAGAGUGUCCCAAAGCACUGUAUAUGUCCAGCAGUAUGUAGGGGUGCCAGUACAUAUCUCCCUGCUGUACUUUUUUUUU